AUCUAACGAGAGCACCAAGAAGGCAAGAACGUUCUUGAUUGUUUAUCCCCAUAAAUACACAAUUUUUUUUAGUUUCGCCAAGACAGCAGCAUUGCAGCAAGAGGGAAUCAACUCGUGGCUUGGAUUGAGCAGAGAUGUCGCCGCCGGUCAAGCUCAUCGGCGCCUUCCGCAGCUCAGCCGUCCCCCGUGCCGAGGCGGGCUUGCGGCUCAAGGGCGUGCCUUACGAGCUCAUCCUCGAGGACCUGGAGAACAAGAGUGAGCUGCUGCUCACGCGCAACCCCAUCCACAAGAAGGUCCCCGUGCUCCUCCACGGGGACCGCACGGUCUGCGAGUCCCUUGUCAUCCUCGAGUACGUCGACGAGGCCUUCGACGGACCACCCCUCCUGCCGGCCGAUCCCUACGACCGCGCCAUGGCACUUUUCUGGGCACAUUUCAUCGAUCACAAGUGCGCCAAGCCGUUCAUGCUAUCGGUGUGGUCGGAGGGAGAGACGCAGAAAGAGUCGGUGAAGGAGUCGAAGGAGAACCUGGCGCUCCUGGAGGAGCAGCUGCAGCUCAAGGGGAAGAGGUUCUUCGGAGGCAACUCCAUCGGCUACCUCGACAUCGCCGCGUGCGGGGUCACUCACUGGAUGAGCGUGCUCGAGGAGUUGGCUGGAGUGAGUCUGAUGAGCGACGACGAGUUCCCUGCUCUGCGCCGGUGGGCCAAGGAGUACACCACCGACGAAGCUAUCAAGCAGUGCCUGCCGGACAGGGACCGACUUCUGGCCCACUACCUUGCAAACAUGGACAAGUACAGACUGAUGUUCAAGGCAAUAUGAUGUCCUUUGCAGCGGCAAUUUGUACGGCUUAGUUUCUCUUGCAAUAAUAAUGUAUGGAUAGGAUCAUCAUGUACACGAUGUGUGGUGGGCUUCAAUAAAAUGGACAGGCAUGUUACACUUA